UUGUAAGCUUAAGCUUUAUGACGUCUAUGGAGGAACCGUGUCCUGCGUAGUUCAAGGAAAAGCGUUUAUAUAAAUAUAACGUUACGUGUACAGGACGUGCAGGUACAUUAGAUAAGGAAAUAAGAAAAGCCCCAUAAUAAAGGCGCGAUUGUGUCCUUCGAGCACAUCUUAUAUUCGGUGGUGUUUGGACCUAUAAACCGCUAAAAUAAACAUGAUCGUAAGCAAACUGAAUCCAGCCCUGUGUAGCAGAGCUCUCCGCUUCACUGUUGCAGUCACUGGGGUUCAAGGGCACGUCAGCAAACCAGCUCAUAGGAAUGAUCGCUAUUAUGCCACUCAAGCGGCCGAGGCAGUACUGGAUAAAGCACAGGUGGGCAGCAGUACUGCCGUGAAGGCCAAAGUUGAGAAAGACAUCAAAGCUGUGGAGUCCAAAUCUUUUGCUGUCAACAUGUUUAAGGGCCAGAUAACCACUGAACAGGUCUUCCCCUUCCCUUCAGUGAUGAAUGAGGAGCAGACUCAGUUCCUGCGGGAGCUUGUUCCUCCAGUUGCAAAAUUCUUUGAUGAGGUAAAUGACCCCAUGAAGAAUGAUGCUCUGGAGAAGGUUGAGGACCACACCAUGGAGGGACUGAAGGAGAUGGGAGCCUUUGGGCUGCAGGUGCCUGUUGAGCUGGGUGGUCUGGGCCUCACCAACACUCAGUAUGCCAGGCUUGUGGAGGUUGUAGGAAUGCACGAUCUUGGUGUUGGAAUCACGCUGGGUGCCCAUCAGUCUAUCGGCUUUAAGGGCAUAUUGCUCUUCGGUAAUCCUCAGCAGAAGGAGAAAUACCUGCCAAAACUGGCCUCAGGAGAGACAAUCGCAGCAUUCUGUCUGACAGAACCAGCCAGUGGUUCUGAUGCCGCCUCCAUCAAGACCACAGCCGUGCUCUCUGACUGUGGUACCUAUUACACCCUCAAUGGCAGCAAAAUCUGGAUCAGUAAUGGUGGGAUUUCAGAGAUCUUCACUGUGUUUGCAAAGACCCCUGUGAAGGAUGAGAAGACUGGAGAGAUGAAGGACAAGAUCACAGCCUUCAUUGUGGAGAGAAGCUUUGGAGGAGUAACACAUGGACCUCCAGAGAAGAAGAUGGGCAUUAAGGCAUCCAACACAGCCGAGGUGUAUUAUGAGAAUGUUCGUGUGCCUGUUGAGAAUGUACUGGGAGAGGUCGGAGGUGGUUUUAAGGUGGCCAUGAACAUCCUUAACAACGGACGUUUCGGCAUGGCCGCCGCUCUCUCUGGAACCAUGAAGGGAGCUAUUGCUAAAGCGAAGAAAGUCACCCAUACAGGUUUGUAAUGACAUGAAGGUGAGUAAAUGAUGAUGAAAGAAACUUCCGUUUUGGCUGAACUUUACCUUGGAUUAAAAGAGUCUUUCAGGUUAAAUCCUUGUAAAGCUCUGUAAACAGCACCCUAAUUUUGACAAACAACAAAGAUCCAUGUUUUUCC